AUGACCAUCUCUGUACUCUACUAUGUUUUAGUUUUAUCAUCAUCUCUUCUACUGGAACCAUCAAUUGAAGCAACAAAUGUAUCAGUACUUACUCAGUCAUUUGAUUACGCUCUUGCACUUCAAUGGAAUCCAGCAGUAUGUAACGGGAACCCCGGGUGCUCAAAAAAGAUCUUUCCAAGAACAUUAACUGUCCACGGCCUCUGGCUACAGGGACAAGCGACUCGGUACUGUACAACUGGUCCUGCAUAUGAUCCAGUAUUUAUAAUACCUAUUAAAAAUGCCUUGACUAACAUCUGGAUCAACGCUGAGAGCGGCACAGACGAGCAGUUUUGGAGGAACGAAUGGUGGAAACACGGAAGGUGCUCCAGGUUCACACAGAGGGAGUAUUUCCAGAAAGUAAUUGAUCUCGUUAAUUACAGAGACUUCAGACAACAAAUAGUAAAUUCGUUUUCUGGUGGAAACGUAAAUAGAGAUCUUUUGCUACAGACUAUAAGGGUUCUUCUGGGGAAAAACGUGCAGAUGAUUUGUAUUCGAAACCAAGAGCUGCUAGAAAUCCGUUUCCGCUACAAGUACCAGGCCGGGACAGGAUUCCACGGGUGGACCCUGGAGGACAGUACUUGGCCACAACAAUGUAAACCUGGAUUCAUUCAUCUACGACAGCGUUAA